AUGAUGCUAGAGGUAGAUGCGGGUUUACAACGUUGCAGAAAAUGUGCUGCGGCCAUUUGUUUGAUGGCUAUGGGGGAGUCACCCGACACCAUGGAUGACUAUAUGAGAAUGUCCGAAAGAACCGCAAGAGAGAGUUUGUAUACAUUGUCAAGGGGUGUUGUUGAAACUUUUGGUGACGUGUAUUUGCGGAAACCUUCGUUGUAUGAUUUGCAAGAAUUGUAUGCGACGCAUGAAGAACGCCAUGGGUUUCCCGGAAUGAUCGAAAGCAUUGAUUGCACACACUGGAAAUGGAAAAAUUGUCCGGUAGCAUGGAAAGGGCAAUACGCCAGUGGUCAUCACGGAUCACCUUCUUUGGUGUUAGAGGCUGUCGCUUCUCAAGAUUUAUGGAUUUGGCAUGCAUUUUUUGGGGUUGCGGGUUCCAACAACGACGUCAACGUUCUUGAUCUGUCGCCAAUAUUCGACGAUCUUUUGAAUGGAAAAGCCCCGGAUGCUCCUUUCACGGUGAAUGGAAACGAAUACAAAUAUGGGUAUUACCUUACAAAUGGAAUGUAUCCUCAGUAUUCCACAUUCAUGAAGGCAUUCCGCCACACGGUUGAAGAACGAGACAAUUUUUUUAAGAUAAGACAAGAAGGAGCACGUAAGGAUGUGGAACGUGCUUUUGGAGUGUUGAAGGCGAAGUGGCAUAUAGUCGAACAUGUAGCACGACCAUUGGAUUUAGAAACUUUACGAUAUAUCAUGUAUGCAUGUAUCAUAAUGCAUAACAUGGUAGUAGAAUAUAAAGGGCGAAAUAUUGCACACUAUAUCCCAACGGGGCCCAUACACGUUCAGUUUCAACUAGGAACAACAGAUUAUUUACAUCGCGUUGUUGACAUUCAGGACGCAAAUAAACACUGA